GCUGCGGCAGGAGUGGCCCCUUACCCGCCGGGCGUGGGCCCAGGCCCAGGUGCUUUGGCCAGUCCAUCUGCCUUCGCUGCACCCACCAUUCCAGGCUUUGGCUUUCCUGCCUGGCCGGGAGCGGUGCCUGGGCAAGCCCUUGGCCAGACGCUGGGGUACCCACUCAUGCAGCCGCUGCCCACAUCACCGACGUUGGCAGUUCCACUCCAACAGGCAACUGGCAUAACAGGCAUGCCUGUUCUGACCCCUGCCGCCAUUGCACAGCCUCUCCCCACACCGGCUGGUCAUGACGGCUGGGCUGCGGCCGUGGCCGAAGCAGCUGCGGCACUGGGCCAGCUAGGCUACGGAGCCGGCCAAGUCCCGUCAGCUGCUGCACCAGUAGCUCCGGCCCCAACAGCCCCGGCAGCACCGGCAGCGGCUCCUGCAAACGCUGCUGGCGAUGCCGCGGUGGCGUCGGCCCUUGCAAGCCUUGGGCUAACGCCCGGGGCUCUUGCCAACAUACCUGGCCUUGAGAGCUUGGCCUCUGUGCCGGGUCUAGAGUCCCUCCUGGGAUUACCAAGCACCCCACCAGUCGGGGUUGGCAUCGUGCCUUCACGUUCUCGUGGUAAGGGCAAAGGCUUCCCUCCCAAAGGUAGCAAAGGAGUUCCCAAGGGCGGCAAGCUGUCUUUGCAGGAUCUGCCUGUGCUCACCAGCCAGGAGGUGCAGGAGCCGGGGGUCUUCAUCACGGCCGCCGGGCAGAAGAACGAGAAGAAGUGCAGAGCCUUGCUUGCCCACAAGGACUUCAACAGAAUGGAUGACAAGGAUACCGAGCAGAGAACUGCGGUGCACAUCUGCAUCUUGAAGAAGAUGCCGGAGGAUAUCUGCUUGAGCAUCUUGAAUCGGGAUGACUUCACAGAAGUCAACGCAGUGGACCAGUUCGGCUAUACGAUCUUGUCCCUGGCCGCGUCGAACGGCAUGGUCAGCGUCUGCAAGGCUGUUCUGGACCACCCGGAGUUCACGCAAGUCAACUCCAAGGACAAGUGGGGUGCCACCGCACUCCACUGGGCUGCAGCAUCCAAUCUGGGCACUGUCUGCACAGCCAUACUGGAGCAUCCAGCCUUUGUGGAGGCCCACGUGGUCGCCUUCAGUUUCAAGUUCGAGAACCAGACGGCUCUGCAGGUGGCCGAGGAGAGAGGCUGCUCCGACGCAGAGCAGGCCGGCGACGGAAUAGUCAGAUGCAGCCAGAUGCUGCGUGGCUUGGACAGACAGGUGCUGACCACGGCGGAGCUCCAGCGGGCGGCGCGACGCCUCAACGUGGAGCUCCGCGAGAGCGUUGCUGGCCCCUGGUACCAGAUCGAGCUUUGGAGUGGUGACCGCCAGCUGGGCAAGACCAGUGGUUGGGCACAGCCCUGGGGAAGCCUGCACCUGGAGACCAUCGAGGUGCGGAAGUUCACAGGCUACUGGGUGGCAAAGCCCGCCAGGCGCGCCGCUGGAGUGCUUCCCCCCCCCCCGCAGCAGAAGUGCUCCGCCGCUCAGGAGAAGAAGCGGUACGCAGACGUGGCAAAGGUCGCUCGAUGGUUUGGCUUGCUGCUUUCCAUGGCGAUCGCCUGUUGGAACAGGGAGAGAUCCCCAUUCUUCUGCAAGGAGGCAAGGGUGUUCUUCGAUUCUCAGAACGUUGCACAUGUUCUCAGAACGUUGCACAUGUUGCACAUGUUGCACAUGUUGCACAUGUUGCACUGUGCUUCUCAUGUUCAGGCGUUCCUGCUUGCCAUCUACGAUGAAGAGAAGCAGCAUGAACGCCUUGUCCGCUAUUACAAAGGUGCAGCGCAAAAAGGAGUACAAACUGAGAGCUCCGAUCGAAAGCCGGAGGCCUUGGCUUCAAAGUCAUCAAGGAUGCAGAAAGCAUCGACUACCAGGACCAGGCUGUGGAACUGUGGAACCCUCGAUUUCUUGUAUCAUGAUGGUACACGAUGGUACACUGGCACACAGUAUGCCGGUGGCAUGCCGCAGACAGGAAGGCUGGAUACGGCACACAGUGCAAGCGCAGAGAGCGGCACUGGUUGA